GACCUCUUCAAUUUGAAUUAAAACUCGGAUCGGAAAUAUGUACUCGAUCUGGACCUUAUAUAUAUUUCUAUCCGUCCUAAUUUCAUUUGGCGGGGCCCAAGAGGCUGACUACAGUCAAAGUAUAGAAAAUGAAAUGGAUUCCACCGCUGAACAGCCAAAAUGCGGUGAAGGCAGUCCUAUACCUCUGGAAUUGGACUUCAAUGUUACCGAUGCUCAAGCGAAACCUGGUGAAUUUCCGUGGACAGUAGCUAUUCUUCAUUCUGAUAGGUUCCUUUGUGGCGGAUCUUUAAUUGCCCCAGAUGUUGUGCUCACUACAGCCCAUUGGCUAUAUAAUAAGAGGGCAGAGGAUCUUACUGUCAGCGCGGGCGAAUGGGAAUAUGGAAAUGCUUUGGAAAAAUAUCCCUUUGAAGAGCAAAAUGUGACAAAAAUGGUGAUUCACAAGCUAUUUAACCUAAGAACUAGCGCCAAUAACUUGGCCCUUCUCUUUCUGGAGGAAGAGUUCCAAAUGACGUAUCGUAUUAACACCAUCUGCCUGCCCAAAGAGAAGAGAUCCCUCAACUCCACCCGCUGUUUGGUGGCUGGCUGGGGUAAAAAAGAAUUCAAGGAUAAACAUAACACUAGCAUCCUGAAGAAAGUCGAUCUUCCACUGGUGCCCAGGGACGUCUGCCAGGAUCAACUGCGAAAAACUAGAUUGGGCAAAUCCUUUACUCUACCUUCGGGGCUCAUUUGUGCCGGUGGCGAGGAGGGCAAGGAUGCCUGCACCGGCGAUGGCGGAGGAGCACUCUUCUGCCCCAUGGCCAAGGAACCGAAUAGAUUCGAGCAGAUUGGCAUUGUCAACUGGGGCGUGGGAUGUAACCGGAAAAACGUGCCUGCCACUUACACAGACGUUUUUGAAUUCAAGUCGUGGAUUCUUAACCAGACGGCGGGUCCCGUGGCUUUGCCCGAAAGUAAUUAGUUUAGUUCUUAAACAUUUUUGAAGGCUUAUAAAUGUAUUUUAUACAAAUGUGUUUUUAGUAAAAAAAUUUUAAAUAUAAAAAUAAACUUAUUUUUCAUUAA